CACACUUGUCUUCGUUCUCAAUUCAUCGGCCCUUUGUUGGCCCCUACUCCUCUAGGGCCCUUUUCGGCUCUCCGGCUCCUUGUUUCUUCUUUCUUUGUCCCCUUAAAUUUACAAAUAUUUACUUCCUAUACAUCAAGAGGAAAGGGGUCUCCCCUUUCGUGGAAUGCGGCAGCAUGGGAGUGUUUGAGCGCGGGGUGCAGAUGCUCCUGACCACGGUGGGCGCCUUCGCCGCCUUCAGUCUGAUGACCAUCGCCGUGGGAACCGACUAUUGGCUGUACUCGCGCGGCGUCUGCAAAACGAAGAGUAGCAACGAGAACGAGACCGGCAAGAAAAACGAGGAGGUGAUGACCCACUCGGGCCUGUGGAGGACCUGCUGUCUGGAAGGGAAUUUUAAAGGCAUGUGUAAACAGAUCGAUCACUUUCCUGAAGACGCGGACUAUCAAGCCGACGCAUCAGAGUAUUUCCUGCGUGCGGUCCGGGCCUCCAGUAUUUUCCCCAUCCUCAGUGUGAUCCUGCUGUUCAUCGGUGGACUCUGUGUCGCCGCCAGCGAGUUCUACAAGUCUCGACACAACAUCAUCCUCAGCGCAGGGAUCUUCUUUGUAUCUGCAGGUCUGAGCAACAUCAUCGGGAUAAUCGUGUACAUAUCAGCCAACGCAGGAGACCCGUCCAAGAGCGACUCGAAGAAGAACAGCUACUCGUACGGCUGGAGUUUUUAUUUCGGCGCCCUUUCCUUCAUCAUGGCGGAGAUGGUGGGCGUUCUGGCCGUUCACAUGUUCAUCGACCGGCACCGGGAGUUACGCGUGGCGCGAGUGCGCGUGGACGUCGGGGAAUAUCUUCAGGGAUCCGCCAUCACGAGGAUCCCGAGCUAUCGGUACCGUUACCGGCGCCGCUCGCGCUCGUCCAGCCGCUCCACCGACCCGUCGCACUCGCGGGACGCUUCGCCGGUGGGCCUGAAGGGGUUCGGCCCGUUACCGUCCACCGAUAUCUCCAUGUACACACUCGGUCGCGGCGAAACGAAGACUCCUCACGGGACGCCUCCGAUGUACAACUCCGACAGAGAACCGGAUUUCCUUCAGGUCCACAACUGCAUCCCGAAGGAUGCGAAGGACCGGCGCACCACGCCUGUAUGAGCGCCCCCUGCGGGCAGUGUUGGGGCGUGACUCAUCACAAGUAACUUGAGUUACGUAAUCAGAUUACUUUUUUCAAGUAACUAGCAGGGUUCGUACACGGUGCUUAAAGUACUUGACUUUUUUAAAUUUAAGUUCUGGAAAACCUU